ACCAUUAAGUAUAUGAAGCGUGCUGGUAGAGGAAAAGCUCUGUACUAUUUCUGGCAGAGGUACCGUACCGAUAAGUAAAAUCCCAGGUAUUAUUCUCCCAACGAAUUCAAGUGAUAAUUGUCAAUCUUAAAGGUCUGUAGCAGUAAAAGCAUUUUGAAAUACAGAAGAAGAAAAAACUGUCUGGAGUGCGCGUGUCUGGAGAAAUGCGAAAAGUGCAAAGCAUUGAGUUCGACCCAAAACAGCGACUAGGACGAGGAGGUUUCGGUUCAGUGUUUUACGGUAAAUUUGGAGGAAAGGAAGUUGCCGUGAAAAGAGUUGAAUCAAUCGACACUGAUGAUGAAAGAGAAGAGAAUGCUCUCAAAAAGUUAAAACACCAGAACGUCGUCGAACUCUAUCAUGUUGUAUGCGACGAAGAAUUCAAGUACUUUGCUUUGGAAUUGUGCAAAGCAUCAUUGGAUCAAGUGUUUCUUGAUGAGAGCAAUCCCAAAAAGUACAAAGGACCGCCAUUACCUAAUCAUUUCACAGUAUUAUUGCAGUUGGCAUACGGCCUCGAAUACAUUCAUUCAAAAAAUUUAGUUCAUCGAGAUGUGAAGCCAGAGAAUGUCCUCAUUCACGUUGAUUCCCAUCAUAAAGUAACAAUGAAAUGGGCCGAUUUUGGGCUCUCUAAAACAGUGAACGAACGAGGGACAUGUUCAAUCAGCGAAGUGAAGGGAACAAAGAAUUGGAUGGCACCAGAAUUGCUAAAAGAGGACCGCGGUGGAGAAGAGAGAGGGACCAUCAAAAGCGACAUAUUUGCAGAAGGACUCGUUUUAGGAUAUUUUCUCGCUGAAGGAAUUCAUCCAUUUGGCUCAUUCAGUUCCUCCAAAAUUCCAUCAAACAUUAAAAAAUAUAAACCAGUCAACAUGGAAAGCAUUCAACCUUUAUCUGCUCGUGAAAUCAUUCAAAAAAUGUUGGAAAACAAUCCGGAAAACAGAAUUUCAUCAAACGAAGUCGUCCUUCAACUGAAAACACUGAAAAAAGAGAUGGAAAUCAAAUUAUUCAAAUUAUUGGAAGCAUCAAAUGUAGACUUAGAAGAAAUCAAAGCUCUCAUAGACGAAGGUGUCGAUGUCAAUUGCGUUAAUGAAGAAGGGUCGACACCAUUUCUACAUCUUAUGAAGAGCUGCAACACAAAAACCAAUUUGAAAGAGACUAUGCAGUUUUUAGUCGACAACAAAGUCGAUUUGAACAACAAAGACAAAGAUGAGUGGAGUGCCCUUCAUUUCUUGAGCAUAUUUUACGGAAAUGAAGAUUUAAUUGACUUAAUUCAAAUGUUGGUUCGAAGCAAAAUUGUCGUUGACUGGAAAAACAAUGAAGAGGAGAAUGCUCUUCAUUUAUUGUGCGAACAUUACAAAAAGGACAAUAUAAACGCCAUCAUCAACAUUUUCAUUAACAAUGGAAUAGAUGUCAACAGUUAUACCAAUAACAAAUGGGAUGUCCUUCAUAUUUCAUGCAAACAUUACCAGAGAGAAAAUUUGAUCGACGUAGUUAAACUGCUAAUUGAAAGAGGAAUCGACGUAAAUUUAAAAAACAACUUCGAAGAUACCGCUCUGCAAACACUGUGUCGAAAUUAUCGAUACGGUAAAUGGAUUGGGAUAAUUCAAAGCCUGAUCCAAUGCGGAACGGAUGUCAAAAAUAGAAACAACCAAGGAUGGAAUGCACUACAUGCUUUAUGCCAAGCAAAACAUCAAGAACUUGACUUAAUUGAAGAAAUUCAACUCUUAAUCGACAAUGGAAUUAACGUGAAGUCGAUUAAUGACGGCGGCUGGAAUGCCCUUCAUAUUUUAUGUCAGAAUUACAAAAAAGAAAAUUUAAUUGAAAUUAUUCAAAUUUUUAUCCAAAAUGGAAUUGACAUUAACUCGGCAAAUGACGGCGGCUGGAAUGUCCUUCAUAUUUUAUGCCAGAACUACAAAAAAGAAAAUUUAAUUGAAAUUAUUCGCCUUUUUAUCCAAAACGGAAUUGACAUCAACUCGACUAACGACAGCGGCUGGAAUGCCCUUCAUAUGUUAUGCCAUAAUUACAAGAAAGAAAGCUUAAUUGAAGUUAUUCGCCUUCUAAUUCAAAAUGGAAUUGGCGUCAACUCGGCAAACGACAACGGGUGGAAUGCAUUGCAAAUGUUAAGCCAAAACAACAAAAAUGAAAAUUUGAUUGACAUCAUCCGUCUGUUUAUUCAACAGAAAAUUGACGUCAACUGGAAGAACAAGAAAAGAUGGAAUGUUCUCCAAUUGUUUUGUAAAUACUAUUCCAACGAUAACCUCAUCAACAUUGUCCAACUUCUAAUCGAUAACAAAAUUGAUGUCAAUCACACGGCAAACGAAGGAAAUGCACUUCAUUUACUUUGUAAAUAUUAUCCAAAUGGAAAUAUUAUUGACAUAUUUCAGCUGUUAAUUACCAAAGGAAUAACCGUGAAAUGGAAUGGCGUCGAUCCACGAACUCUAAUCCGUCAAAACCGCAAUCAAGAAAAUAAGGAGAAUAUCAUUCAAUUUCUCAAUCGCAAUAUCUAAACUACCAAAAUAAAAUAAAAUACAUCAUGUGUAACUAGUGAAAUAAACGAGAAAGUGUUCUAAUUGCA